UUAAUGCAAAAUGGCCAAAAAAACGGGCGGUAUCGAAAAAAGAAAAAAGAAAGAAGAGCUCGCUAGAACAAAAAAGUCAUCGCCAUCGUCGUCACCGACAAAAAGUGAACGUGGAGAACGGGAACGUACAAAAUGGAGAAAAAAGCGAAGGGAAAUUGAGCUCAAGAAGGUAGCUGAACAAUUGGAGCAGCAUCGUAUUAGAGAAGAGGCGGAGCUUGCAAAAAGAAAAACGGAAAAUCAGAAGAAAGAAUUUCGUAAACGCCAAGAAAUAUUCGAGAAAGUAUUUCAAGACGCUGAAUCUGGACAAAAAGCAGUUGAGAAUGUGAUGAGUGAUUAUCGGGAGUCAAGAAAUGCAAUCAAAGUGCAGUUAUAUACCGAUUCAAAUGAUUUUAUUCAAACACAACAAAUUGAAAAAUCGCAUUUCAACGCUGCUGGAGACCGACUUCGUUCUUCUGAAAUUCAAUUAUCAAAACUAGAGUCAGAAUUGAAAAAGACAAAACAGAUACGCGAAGAAUAUUAUCAAGAUUCCAUGCAAAGUUGGUUUUCACGAUUCUGGAAAUAUCUAUAUUGAAAAUAUUUCGUAUUGUCACUAUUGAAUGAAAUUUUAGCAAAAGCAUAACAAAAUUGAA